AUGUACCGGAAACAUUUGACACAGUCAGUGCUUGAUACUAGAUCUGUAUGUGAUAGAUGGCUUUUAAUUAAUAAAACAAAACUUUUUUCAAAAUACAUCCUGCGGAAGAGUCUCCAUAUGACCAAACGAUGGGAGACUCAGUCACUUUGUCAUUUGAAGUCACGGGGAGUAGUCCAGCUUUCUGGCAAAGAUACACCCGAGUUUCUGCAAGGUCUGGUCACAAACAAUGUCAAGCUGCUAGCGGAGAACUCCCCAUCUGUACAGUACUGCAUGAUGCUUAAUGUGCAGGGACGUGUUCUGUAUGAUUUAUUUGUUUACAAUGUAAUGUCUGCUGGAAUGGAUCCUGUGACAUUUCACCUUGAUGUCGAUGUAUCAGCAGUUGGUGAUCUCAUUCAGAUAUUCAAGAAAUACAAGCUAAGAAAGAAAGUUGACAUAUCGGACGUCAGUGAUACCUACAGGAUAUGGUCUCAGUUUGACACCAGUGAAGAGACUACAGCUAAGGACAGUAGUAGCCAAAACACAACCGACACCUUCAGAUUUGAGGACCCACGAGUCCCCACGUUUGCAGACAGAAUUAUCACAGCUCAGGACAGCUUAGAAUCUGGUGGGGACAAACUAACAGAAGAGGACUACAGAAAGCACAGAUAUCAGUGGGGCAUACCAGAAGGAAUAUCUGAUCUUCCAUCAGGGAAAUGUUUACCGUUGGAGAGCAACCUUGACUUUAUGAAUGGAGUAAAUUUUCAGAAAGGCUGCUAUAUUGGCCAGGAGCUGACUGCCAGGACAUUCCAUACUGGGGUUAUACGUAAACGAAUUGUGCCAGUUAGUCUUGGCAAGCUAGAGCCAGUUGAACCAGAUACAACAGUAACCAUCCAUGAAAAGAGCAAAAAUGCCGGCAAACUUCGUAAUUCUCAAGGAAAGUUCGGUAUUUGUCUUCUCAGGCUAGAACAUAUUGAAGAGGAUCUUGAGAUUGUGUCCAAGAAUGGAGUUGUGGUUCCACUGAAGGCACACAUCCCGAAAUGGUGGCCUAGUAUAUCAUCGUGA